AUGCGUAUCAUGGGAUGCUGUCUCGUGUGUAAGCGGAUGGUACACCCGAACAUGGAGAUUAUGGUAGAACAUUUGCGACACCGUUGGAUCAACGCAGACGCGUGGCCCGUAAGCGACGACGGCUGCACGUGUCUGCAAGAGUCCUCGGAACGAUGUCCAGCCCACGUACUGGACGACAUCGACGUCUUAAUUACCGACCUUCGUUUAUUAGGCAACAGCAAUCCAGCGGCACCAUCCGUCUCACCAACUGCUUCAGCGUCAUCGUUGCUCUUGCUCUCGUCGUACCACCUUCGCAACCUCUUUUUCCUGCUCAUCGUGUCGCUUGUCAUCGACGGCAGCUUGGACUGGGGGGAGCGACGUUUCUACGUGCGCAUAUGUGAGGCGGCGGGUGUGGAGAAUCACUGGAGCGGCGUACUCAAGCUGAAGGAGGCGUUCGUGCACGGACAAGGCUUGGAUGUGGAGGCCAUCUUCUCGCUGGUACAAUUCGAGAAGGAUGUGGAGAUGCACUACAGCACCGAGGAAUCGUACAGCGUACCGUGGCGCGAAUCUGUGUCGUACCUAAGCAACCGCGUGGCGCGACUCCUGUCGUGUUGA